AACAUGGUGCUUCUACAUUUGAUAGCUUGGUGCAUAAUUUUCAAGGAAGUAUCUUCCAGAGAUCCUCUAGUUGGAUUAAAAUCUACGGAAAUAAUUGAAAAAGCCGGCUACAAAGCAGAGGAACACGUUGUAACCACCGAAGACGGUUACAUUUUAACUCACCACCGGAUACCUUCGAGAAAAAACUUGUCGGUGGUAAACAAGCAUCCCAUACUAUUAAUUCCUGGAACGAGUGCAACCUCGGAAUGUUUCCUGUUAAUUGGAAACAUCUCUUUGGGUUUUGUACUAGUCGAUCAGGGUUACGAUGUUUGGUUGUUGAAUCUGAGAGGGUCGUUUUAUGGGAUGAAUCACACUUCACUGGAUCCUGAAGAAGACAAAUCGUUUUGGGACUUCAGCUUUCAUGAAUAUGGUUUUUAUGAUGUGGCAGCAACCAUAGAUUACAUCUUAAACGUAACCCAAGUGGAUAAAAUAACAACUUUGGGACAUUCGCAAGGAUCGACCAUAACGUUCGUUACGUUGGCGAGCCGCCCAGAAUACAAUAAGAAAAUUAAACUUAACGUAUCUUUUGCACCUUCAUGUUAUCUUGGGGGGGUCAAAGUUAUUCUUUUACAAAUAUUAGCCAAGCACUGGCAAUUUUUGGAGCAUCUGGUGAGGGAGGUCUUGAACAUUCAGUACGUACCAACUGCUCGUGGCAUGCUUAACGGAUUAGAUGAAUUAUGUGCAUAUUCAAAAGGAUUUAGAGAGAUUUGUUACGGCUUCGUAGUAACUAUUGAUUAUGGUGCUGAUGUAGACAAAAUGUUCGACGAGAAUGUGAUUCCUGCUUUGUUGAGCAAUAUGCCUGGUGGAGUCUCCACCAAAAAUUUGUUCCAUUACCUGCAGAUGUAUAACACAGGAAAUUUUUCUAAUUAUGACUAUGGACCAGAUGAAAACUUGAAACGGUACAAAUCUAUUUAUCCAGAAGCUUAUAAUGUUAGUCAAAUCAGUACACCAUGUUUCUUGUUCUACAAUCCUCACGACCUAAUUUUACCUCAAGAGGGAUUAAAGAGAUUGACUGACACACUUCAACAGCCCACUUUGUAUGAGAUUAAAGACCCUAAUUUCAGGCAUUUGGCUUUUAUAUUAAGCAAAUAUGUUGUCAGCAUUUACCCAAAAUUUUUUGAAGUACUGGCAAUGUACAAUAAAUAAUUUACUUACUGAAUUAAACAUUAAUAUACAUUGAUGAAUGAGAAAAUUCAUUACCUUUUAUAACCCUUAUUUAUUUAAUUGAAUUCAAAAUAUUG